UGAUAUUUGGUGCAGAUUCAAACUGUAGUUAAAUAAUAUACCAUCACACACAAUGAGAGUAAAUAGAUUCACUCUUAUGCGCAACCUUUUUUCCCCAUUCGUUCCUUACACACUCGCUGCUCUCUUUCAAAGCAACAUCAGCCAUCGUUUUGACAGCUCUAUAUUGCAAAACUCUAUCGUUGUUAAAAUUAAAAAAUGAAGUGAAAAAGCAUUUAGAAUUUCUUAAACAAACCCAAUAUGGCUACCCAAAAGCCUGGAGAAUGGGCGUCUGGUCUCCUGGCAAGAUUCGAAGAUCAGUUGCCAAACAAAAUUGGAGCCUAUGGCACACAAGCGCGCAUGAGCCAGGACCAGUUGGUGGCAUGCCUUAUACACAUCUCGCGCUAUCGCUUCUCACUGGUUAUCUCCGGCUUGACCAAGAUGCUGCAACGCGUCAACGAGGCUGCGCUGCAAAACCGUUAUGAGCCGGAACGCUGCUACUUUGAAUCUCUGGUCAUCAUAUUAACCACGCUAGAGCGUUGUCUUACCAAUCAAACGAAAGAUACGGCACGCUUUGAGGAGGCCAUGAAUGUGAAGCUGUUGCUGCGCGAAAUUUCACAGUUUGUGGACGUACAAAGCGACAACAAUCCCAAUGCAGCUCAAUUAAAGGCACUUGCGUCCAAGGUGCUGUUUGCACUGUCGCAGAACCAUUUCUCGGCCGUAUUUAAUCGAAUCUCGGCACGCAUACAAGAGCUGACAUCGUGCUCCGAGGAAAAUCCCGACUACAACGAUAUUGAAUUGAUUCAGCACAUUGACAUGGACAUGAUCAAACUGACCAAGCUGUUGCAGGAAACAAUAACCAAGUUUCGCUCGAAGCGUGCACCGCCGCUCAUUUUGCUCUACUCGCUGGAGAAAGCCAUUUGGAACUGGAUUGAGUAUCACCCGCAGGAAUUUCAGGACCUGCAGCGUGGCACAAAUCGCGACAUAUCAACCUGCUGGGAGCCACUUCUGGAUUUUGUAGAAUACUUUAAAUCGGAAAACAAGAAGAGCAAAACUUUAGUUUGGCCACUGCAAAUGCUGUUGCUCAUAUUGAAUCCUUCCAGCCUGGAGGCCACUGUUAAUGAACUGCAGCAGUCGGAGAAAGAGAAAGAAAAGGAAAAGGUGCCCUCAAAGUCCACUCAAUCCACUUCGCGCGACAAAGAUUUCUCGGCUAGGCAAUUCAUUGAGAGCAUCAAGCGUGGUUUGGGACCGCAUUCGCCAUCGAAGCAGGUGACCGAAUCUUCGGCCAUAGCAUGCGUAAAACUCUGCAAAGCAUCCACAUACAUCAAUAUCAAUGACUCCAACAAUGUGGUAUUUAAAUUGGUACAAUAUUUCAUCAACGAUCUCAAGGCAUUGCUCUUCAACCCGCUAAAACCCUUCUCUCGCGGCCAAGGCUACAAUUAUGCCGACAUUGAGCUAAUGAUUGACUGCUGGGUAUCAUGUUUUCGUAUCAGUCCACACAACAUCGAGGCUCUGAAGGUGUGCUUGAAUCUGUCCUCACCACAGGCCUAUCAUUUUGUUAUUGUAUGCUCUCUCUUGCGUCUCGCUCACAUUUACGUGGAUUUUCGCUUGCAGAACAAGAAUCCCUUUCGCAUAGUCAACCAGCCUCGUCUGCCCUGGUGGCCACAGACCGAUGUCGUGCACUAUCGUUCCGCUGAGUUGCGAGCUCUCUUCACAGAUACCUUAAAUAAAGCCACGCAAGGCUACAUAGCACACACUCCGCUGCGCUACAUAACUUCCUUAACACUCAAGUCCAAAGACACGCAAAAGGGUCUGACACGUUCCGAGGAGGGACCAGCACACAAGAUGCUCUUGUUACUACUCGUGCGGCUCAUACACGCUGAUCCUACGCUGCUUUUAAAUACGCAGGGAAAAGUAGCGCAUGAGGUGCAAAGCUCAACGCUAGAGCUUAUAAAUGGCCUGGUGAGCCUGGUGCAUCAAACAACAUUGCCGGAUGUGGCACAGGAGGCUAUGGAAGCUUUGCUAGCACUGCAUGCGCCUGAGAAAAUUGAAGUCUGGAAUCCCGAGGCACCCAUUAACACAUUCUGGGAUGUCAGCUCGCAGGUGCUGUUCUCCAUCUCCCAGAAACUCAUACAACAUCAGAUAGCCAACUAUACGGAUGUGCUUAAGUGGCUGCGUGAAAUACUCAUCUGCCGCAACACAUUUCUGCAGCGGCACAAAGACUAUGCCCACGUGGGCAGCCAGAUUGCCAUAUGCAAGCAAGCGCACAUCAAAAUGGAGGUGGUCUUCUUUAUGUAUUUGUGGAGCGUGGACUUAGAUGCGGUCCUAACAUCGCUAUCUUGUUUUGGUUUGCUUUGCGAGGAGGCAGAGAUCUGCUGCAGCUCCGAUGAGUUGACCGUGGGCUUCAUCAUGCCCAAUUAUCACAUCUACCAGGAACUGGCGCAGCUCUCUUCAUCUGCCACGGACACGCGCAUUUGCUUCUUUGAGAACAGCCAUGGCAGUGUGCCGAGCCGCUUGAUGCUGCAGAAGCGCAUUAUGACGUUGCUGCGCAAGAUCGAGCACUGUGUGCACGGUGUCCAGCCCGCGUGGGAGGAAACCUUUCGCAACUGGGAGGUGCUUAGUAAGGUUCUGCAGACUUAUCCUAAAUUAAAGACCGAGGACGCACAAGCGGAAAUAUUCCAUCGUGGCAUGGGCAAGCGUCGUGCCAGCCACCAGAGCUCCGAACAUGAUCUGGAGGAGCAAAUCAACGAGUGGGCCAACAUGACCUGGUUCCUCCUAGCUUUGGGCGGUGUUUGCCUGCAGAAAGGCAAUAGCAGUCGUCAGAUUUUAGUGCAACAAUCGCAGAACAACGCAUCGGUGGCAUCACUGGCGCAGGCGUCACUGUAUUCCAGUUCGACAAGCUCCGGCCAUGGCUCGGCUCAUCCCAGCACUGUCUCUUUGUCCGCCAUACCGCCGGCGCCGCCACAGGAUGUCAGCUAUUGUGCGGUAACGCAAUUUAUUGGACAACUGCUGCGUCUGCUAGUGUGCAGCAAUGAGAAGAUUGGUCUAAACAUACAAAAGAAUGUUAAGGAGCUAGUGGGUGAAGAAAUGUCCACACAGCUGUAUCCCAUACUCUUUGAUCAGAUCAGAGCCAUAGUGGAAAAGUUCUUUGAUCAACAGGGCCAGGUCAAUGUGAAUGUUACAGAUAUAAACACACAGUUCAUUGAGCAUACAAUUUUCAUCAUGAAAUCGAUAUUGGAUCCCAAAGCGAGCAAGGAUCCGAAUAAUGAACAGCCGUCGCCAUCGGAACAUUUGGGUGUCACUAGCAUUGAGGGCAUGAUGUUGGGAAUUGUGCGCUAUGUGCGUCACCUGGAUAUGAAUGUCUAUGCCAUACGCAUCAAAACGAAGCUAUGCCAACUAGUGGAAGUCAUGAUGAAGCGGCGCGAUGAUUUAGCCUUUCGCCAAGAGAUGAAGUUCCGCAAUAAGCUUGUUGAAUAUCUAACGGAUUGGGUAAUGGGCACAUCGCAUCAAAUAGCUCCACCCAGCUCGGUGGAUGCUUCUCUGUUGACUAGUACUUCACUGAUUUUUCGUGAUCUUGAUCAGGCUUGCAUGGAGGCGGUGGCUGCCCUGCUGCGUGGCCUGCCACUGCAGCCUGAGGAGUCAGAUCGUGGAGAUCUUAUGGAUGCAAAGAGCGCAUUGUUCUUGAAAUAUUUUACGCUGUUUAUGAAUCUUCUAAAUGACUGCAUUGACAGCUCCGAGGCAGAAAAAGAACCUAACAAUACUCCACUGCUGCCGCCACGUCCACGUAUGGCAGCCGGUAAACUGACCGCUCUAAGGAAUGCCACCAUACAAGCAAUGUCUAAUCUACUGGGCGCCAACAUUGACUCUGGAUUAAUGCACUCCAUUGACCUAGGCUAUAAUCCGGAUUUGCAAACACGCGCUGCUUUCAUGGAGGUGCUGACCCAGAUUCUACAACAAGGCACAGAAUUUGACACACUGGCCGAGACGGUGCUAGCAGACCGAUUCGAACAACUCGUCCAGCUAGUGACUAUGAUCAGUGACAAGGGCGAGCUGCCUAUCGCCAUGGCACUGGCCAAUGUGGUGACCACCGCGCAAAUGGAUGAGCUCGCACGUGUGCUGGUCACCUUAUUCGAUGCCAAGCAUUUGCUCUCGCCGCUGCUGUGGAACAUGUUCUAUCGCGAGGUCGAGGUCUCGGACUGCAUGCAGACGCUUUUCCGUGGCAAUUCGUUGGGCAGCAAAAUUAUGGCAUUUUGCUUUAAGAUUUAUGGCGCUAGUUAUCUGCAAAUGCUAUUGGAGCCGCUCAUUCGGCCAUUGCUGGAUGAUGAGCAGGAGACCUGCUUUGAGGUGGAUCCAGCGCGUCUAGAGCCUGCUGAUGAUAUCGAAGAGAACCGCAAUAAUUUGAUUGCUCUGACACAAAAAGUAUUCGAUGCUAUAAUCAACUCUUCAGAUCGGUUUCCGCCGCAGCUACGCUCCAUGUGUCACUGUCUAUACCAAGUGCUGAGCAAACGAUUUCCAAAUCUGCUGCAAAACAAUAUUGGCGCCGUGGGAACCGUAAUUUUCCUGCGCUUUAUCAAUCCAGCAAUAGUCUCACCGCAGGAGCUGGGCAUUGUGGGCAAACAGGUGCCCAGUUCGGCGAAGCGCGGUCUUAUGCUUAUGUCCAAAAUACUACAGAACAUUGCCAACCAUGUGGAAUUCUCCAAAGAGCAGCACAUGCUCUGUUUCAACGAUUUUUUGCGCGAUCAUUUCGAGGCCGGAAGACGCUUCUUUAUACAAAUCGCCUCGGAUUGUGAGACCGUCGACCAAACGUCACACAGCAUGAGUUUCAUUUCAGAUGCCAAUGUGCUGGCGCUGCAUCGUUUGUUGUGGACGCACCAGGAGAAGAUAGGCGACUAUUUGUCCAGCAGUCGUGAUCACAAGGCCGUUGGCAGACGGCCCUUUGAUAAGAUGGCCACGCUAUUGGCCUAUUUGGGUCCACCAGAGCAUAAGCCAGUCGACUCCCACAUGAUGUUUAGCUCAUAUGCACGCUGGAGCUCUAUUGAUAUGUCGUCUACAAAUUUCGAAGAAAUUAUGGUUAAGCAUCAAAUGCACGAAAAGGAGGAGUUUAAAACGCUCAAGUCCAUGAAUAUAUUUUAUCAAGCGGGCACCAGCAAGUCGGGCUAUCCUGUGUUUUACUACAUAGCCAGACGGUACAAAAUUGGUGAAACCAAUGGAGAUCUCCUGAUUUAUCAUGUCAUACUCACGCUAAAGCCCUUCUGUCACUCGCCCUUUGAGGUGGUUAUUGACUUUACGCACACCUGUUCCGAUAAUCGUUUCCGCACCGAGUUCUUGCAAAAGUGGUUCUAUGUGCUGCCCACGGUGGCUUAUGAUAAUGUGCAUGCGGUAUACAUUUAUAACUGCAAUUCGUGGGUGCGCGAGUAUACAAAGUUCCAUGAUCGCAUCCUGGCACCGCUUAAGGGCAACCGCAAAUUAUUAUUCCUUGAGUCGCCCAACAAGCUGAGCGAUUUUAUUGAUGCCGAACAGCAGAAGCUGCCUGGCGCAACGCUUUCGUUAGACGAGGAUCUGAAAGUGUUUAGCAAUGCCCUAAAGCUUAGUCAUAAGGACACGAAAGUGGCCAUCAAAGUGGGUCCCACGGCGCUGCAGAUUACAUCCGCCGAGAAAACGAAGGUCCUGGCGCAUUCAGUGCUGCUCAAUGAUGUUUAUUACGCCUCUGAAAUUGAGGAGGUUUGUCUGGUCGAUGACAACCAAUUUACCCUGUCCAUAACCAAUGAAAGCGGCCAGUUGAGCUUCAUUCACAACGACUGCGACAAUAUUGUCCAGGCCAUUAUACACAUACGCAAUCGCUGGGAGCUUAGCCAGCCGGAUUCGGUCACAGUGCAUCAGAAGAUACGACCCAAGGAUGUGCCCGGCACGCUUCUCAACAUGGCUCUACUAAAUCUGGGCUCCUGUGAUCCCAAUCUGCGCACAGCUGCUUACAAUUUGCUAUGCGCGCUGACCGCCACCUUUGAUCUGAAGAUUGAAGGCCAGUUGCUAGAGACGCAAGGUCUCUGCAUACCCUCGAAUAACACUAUUUUCAUAAAGUCCGUCAGUGAGAAGUUGGCCACCAAUGAGCCACAUCUGACGCUGGAAUUUCUCGAGGAGUCCAUACAGGGCUUCCAGCGUAGCACCAUUGAGUUAAAGCAUUUGUGCUUGGAGUACAUGACACCCUGGUUGAAGAAUCUGACCAAGUUUUGCAAGUCCAAUGACGACGCCAAGAAGUUAAAAGUCUCGCAAAUUCUAGACAAGCUCAUCUGCCUGACAAUUGAUCAAAAGGAAAUGUAUCCCUCGGUGCAGGCCAAAAUCUGGGGCUCCAUUGGCCAAAUACCUGAGCUCAUUGAUAUGGUGUUGGAUAACUUUUUGCACAAGUCGAUUAGCUAUGGCCUGGGCUCGCCGCAGGUGGAGAUUAUGGCCGAUACUGCUGUGGCCUUAGCGUCAGCUAAUGUCCAAUUGGUGUCGAAGAAGGUUAUCACGCGCAUGUGCCGCGUUAUGGACAAGUCGUGCACGAAUCCUACACAAUUUCUUGAACAGCACAUGAUGUGGGAUGACAUUGCCAUACUAGGGCGGUAUCUGCUUAUGUUAUCCUUUAAUAAUUGCCUGGAUGUAGCCACCUCGGUUCCGUAUCUCUUCCAUACCAUCACGUUUCUGGUCUGCUCUGGCUCGCUGUCCAUGCGCGCUUCCACCCAUGGACUGGUCAUAAAUAUUAUACACUCUUUGUGCACCUGCACAAAUCUUUCGUUUGGGGAGGAAGCUCAGCGUGUGCUGCGUUUGUCACUUGAUGAAUUCUCGCUGCCCAAAUUCUAUCUGCUGUUCGGAAUUAGCAAGGUUAAAUCGGCGGCUGUCACAGCCUUCCGCUCUAGUUGUCGCCACCCUACGGACAAGUGGCUAGGCAAUGAACGCGUCACUCAACCGCUGCCUGCGGAUCGUGAGCGCCUGUCGCUGCCCUCGCUGGAGGUCAUCACAGAUGCUCUUCUGGAAAUCAUGGAGGCCUGUAUGCGGGACGUGCCCGACUGCGAGUGGCUGCUUACCUGGACCUCUUUGGCGCGUAGCUUUGCCUUUUGCUACAAUCCAGCACUGCAACCACGUGCUCUUAUUGUCUAUGGCUGCAUUAGCAAGAGCGUAACGGAUCACGAGGUUAAGCAACUGCUACGCAUACUUGUCAAGGCGCUUGAGUCUUUCAACGAUUUAAUACUGAUUGAGGCUUUGGUCAUGUGCCUCACACGCAUUCAGCCUCUGCUACGUCCAGAGUCGCCUAUACAUCGUGCACUCUUUUGGGUGGCCAUCUCUGUCCUGCAGCUGGACGAGAUUACGCUUUAUGGCGCUGGUCUGGCGCUGCUCGAACAGAAUCUGCAUACGCUCAAGUCGCAGGGCUGCUUCGACAAGAAGGAAACCAUAGCCGAAGUCAUGAUGAAAACGCGCGAGAAGCUCGAGUGGCACUUCAAACAACUGGAUCAUGCUGUGGGCUUGUCUUUUCGCAGCAAUUUCCACUUUGCUCUGGUCGGACAUUUAAUUAAGGGCUUUCGUCAUCCCACGCCAACCACAGUGUCACGUACAUCCCGUGUGCUGACCAUGCUUCUGGGUAUUAUAGCCAAGCCACUGCAUCGCGACAAAUUCGAGGUGACGCCGGACAGCGUGGCCUAUUUAACAGCUCUUGUGGCUGUCUCCGAGGAGGUGCGUUCCCGUUGUCAUGUGAAACAUGCGCUGCCACGCUGGCCGGCUGAUCUAAGCGGCAGCAGCAUGGAAAAUGGCGAACUACCUAAUGGUGUGCAGACUAUCGGCCAACCGUUGUCGCGACGUCAAAAAAGCUGGGAUAUACUGGAUCAGUCAGCUCUGCAGUUUGCGCGUCAUCAUAAAGUACCUACCCUACAAAAUGCGCGAGUUUUAUUCAAAACUCAACGCUCAUUUUCGGUACCAACCACCAAGGAUCCGAAUAAUGCGAGCGGCAUCGAAGAACGUCAGGAACGCGGCUCUCGUUCUUCUGUCUCAAAUGAAUCGAAUGUUUUACUCGAUCCGGAGGUGCUGCCCGAUCUAUCCAUACAAGCGCUGGUGUUAACCGUUUUGGCAACUCUCGUAAAGUACUCCUCGGAUGAGAACGAAACGCGCGUGCUCUAUCAGUAUUUGGCUGAGGGUUCCGUCGUUUUUCCAAAAGUAUUCCCCGUUAUUCAUUCGCUUUUGGAUCAGAAAAUUAAUAAUAUACUAUCCGUAUCACACGAUCAAGUUGUAUUGAAUUCCGUGCAAAGCAUCAUACAGAACAUGUUGGCCAGCGAGGAUCCCUCCCAGCAGCAACUACAUUUCCUGCAAAGCUGCGGAUUUGGCGGACUCUGGCGUUUCGCUGGGCCCUUUACCAAGUACAACAUGAUGGGAGAAUCUUCAGAGUUGUUUGUUAACUGCUUGGAAGCCAUGGUGGAGACUUGUUUGCCUGGCGAUGAAUCAGGACCCGUCCCACCUUCACCGCGUCCGUACAACCUCAGCUCCAGCCUGAGCAGCCUAACGCUUGGCUCACCCACAGAUAAAGCAUUCUCAUCGGAAUCAUUAGACUUUUAUGAUAACUGCUCCGGCAGCGUCACCUCGCUGCGCCGCGCCUCACACAGCAAAUCUCGCGCCAAACAUCGAUUGAACGAAAGUCCAUCACAUUAAACUGCAACUAAUUUGAAAAACAAAUAUAUAAAAGAAAUUAUACAAGCUUAGCAAAUUAUAUAUACACACACAUAAACAAAUGCAUUGCCGUCAAAAAACAAAACACAUCAUGUUUAUACAAGACAUUGUGGGCUAUACAAUCUAUUGUGCAAGUAUCUAAUCAAGUUAACUAAGCGCUACUUACUAAAUUAAAUCGUACCUUACAAUUGAAAAAGUCAAACAAUUGUGCUAAAUAGGGGACAGUACAAUUAAUCAGUAUGCAAAUUGUUGUCAAAACCUCCCCCCCCCCUACCAAAAAAAAAAAAAAAAAAAAAAAAAAAAUAAAUGCACCUUAUUGUAUUAGCAAAUUGUAUGUUUGAAUAUUUGAAAAUUGUAUUUUCGAUAUUUAUCAGUACCUUGACGCAUUUAUAAAACGUUUUUCGAUUACAUAUGCGACUUAAAAUUAUCUAGCUCUUUUGUAUCGUAGUGUAGUUGGCUUAAAUGUUUGUUACAUAUUUUUUCGUACAUAUUAAUAAUAUAAGCAGAAAUCGGCCGAUGUUACUAACAACUAUUUGACAUAUUUACCAAUCGGUUAAACUAACAAAAUCGCCAGUUUAGUGACUUGGCCCAUAUUUUAUUAUAUACAUACAAACUUUUAACCAAUCGAAUUACGAAUCAUGUUAAAAUACAUAUACAUAUAUUUAUAUAUAAAUAUU